CGCGCAUCGGGAGUUGGCCCUCGUUGCAACAAAACGUCGUCGAGCGAGCCAUGGCGAAGAAGCAGGUGCCGAAACGGACCUUUACCCACCGCCAUGCCCCCAAGACGGUCGAGAUCAGCUACGAAGAGUACUCGCACAACAAGAACGAAAUCCUUGGGAAAAUCUACCGCCGAUUGUUUUGGCUCGCGUGCGUCGCGACGGCAUGUGGGCUAAUUGAACUCGUCGUGUACAUUGUCAUCACGACCAAGUACCCGACGACGCUCGAGUUUCGCCGCCCCGUCUUGGGCGUCGCUCUCAAGUCGGUCUACUUGAUUUACUGGGGCAUGUCGUCGGUCGUGUGCGCCCAUGGAUACCAUCUGCACCUCAAGUGGCGGCAUUUUCUCGAGGACGGCACACACUUGGUGAUGCACUGUCGGUUGUUUGAAGUGCUCGGCCUCGGCUGGUUCUUCACAGCGUCAUGGCUCUUGGGGGGAAUUUUCCAUUCGUUUGGGUUCAUCGACAUUAGCAUCAUCGGUGCAAACAUGCUCAACAUCCUGUACGCCAUCGCCAUUGCCACGCUGUUGCUUCAGUUUGUGUUGUGUCCGUGGUUCUUCAAGACGAUUCACAGCAAAACGACGCAGAUCGACGAUAUCUACUGUGCGGAGUUCUUGGGCAAGACUAAAAUCAAACACGUCAACGUCGAGCCCUUGACCGACCUCAACGACAUCCCCUCGGACAACGAGCACGACGUAAAUGACAUCCACGUUAGCGAUUCGUCCUCUGACGGCGAGGCCAGCCACCGACACGACAAUUCCAACCAUGCGGACGACAACACUGGCCCGACGACCGCCUCUCCUCCCGCCGCGGCGUUUUCGAUCGACACGAAGAAGACGCUCCAAAAGAGUGCCUUUUGGGAAGCGUGGAAGUCGACGGACGUCGCCGGAUCCUUUUCUUGUACGUUCAAAAACAAACCGCCGACGUUGGUGCAAGUGACAAAGCACUUGAACGCGAAUGGGUUUCACGUUGUGUCGAGCAACUCGAGCAACGACGUGGUCGAAGUGUUUUUGUACGCCCACCAAACGACGUCGACGGUCCCGUUCCUCGCCGAGUUUAUCUUUGUCUUUCCUCGUCGGUUCUUCCAAACGACGUUCAAGUGCGAGACCAAAGACAUGGCAGGGGAAUUCGUCAAGCGAUUUCAACUCCAUCAACUCAUGGACACCGACGACUAGGGCGGCGCCGCCCACCCGUCCCUGCCAGCCAUGAAUCGCUGUCGAUAGCACGCCAUCUUUAUCUAUCAAGCUUGAAUGCACAUUGCGCAUGUCGA